GAGAGAAGAUUGAUAUCUUUCGAGGAACAACAGCACCGAAAUCGGGCAAUGUGGAAGGUAGUCGACUGCGGUCAACAUGCUGCAAGUUCGGUUCAUAAAUGCACUAUUCCGUUAGUGCAAGACUAUGCCGUUGCUGAGGAGCCUCCAACUCACACGUCGAAGAUCCUCAAGUUUGGCAAGGGUGCUCAUCCAGAGUCUGUCACUUUUUCGCCCUCUGGACAGUAA